GCUCGUUCCCAGUGAAGAAAGGCAGAAUCAUUAUUACAUUGUUAAUAUGGCUGUUCUUGUUUGCACUUGUUGCCAAGGCAAUACAGGGAAGAUCUGCAAACAUAUAGACUGGGGCAGUACUGUUUUACCAUCAGGAAACUACAGGGAGGUGACUGAUAGUGACAGUACACGUAGACUGUAUUAUUUUAUUGCUACAAAUGAGGAGCCUCCUGAAGGGUGGCUAGAGCCUCUGUAUUGCUCUCAGAAUGCAGGGGCUUCAAGUUCUUCGGAACGUUUGGAGCAAAUGGACACAGGUUUGCUCUGUGAAAGCCAAGAAGAGAUGCCAGAGACACUUCGCAUGGAGACAGUUCCAGACAAAAGAAAUAAUGAUUUAAUCGAUGAGAUAAAAGCUCGUCUCAUAGAUUUUUCAAAUAAAUCCCCUGAGGAAAUGAGGAAAGGCCUUGAAGUCAUGUGCGAAAAAUUGAGAAAGCUUAAAACGCCAUCUGCAUGUGCAUCUUAUUUGGCAAAUUUUGGUGAAGGAAAAUCUAGAAAAAAUCGUGGUAACUAUAUUCCCGUUCAGCCCACUGCAAUAAGCAGAAGAAAAAACAAGUUGGCAGGUCGCAGAUGUCAUCCGGGGGGAAGACAAAGACCACACUCUAAGCAAAGCAAGGAAUUUGUAAAGACAGUAGAAAUUUCUGAAAUGGCUACCUUUCCAUCACCAGCUACGCAAUCAUCCCAGUCAGCUUCAGACUUUUGAAGAAGGUGCGCGACUAUUUACUGCAGCG